ACUUCUUUUCUUAAUUUAGUCUAAAUGCUUAUUACUUGGUUGUCCAAAUUCUCAGAACGUUUUUGUUUAAUAAAAACAACCUGUGCAAUGGGGUUUUUUUAGGUUCUUCCCUAAUCCAACAUUUGGUGGUAGAAACUGUAGUAUACUAAAAUGGUUAAAUUCAUACAUAAAUAUACAUAUUGAAUGUUUCAACAGUCUCUGCUGGACCUUUAGAAUUGUAUCUAAUUUUGAUAGAUCUGUUUUAAUCCUUUAGUAAACUCUUGCUAAAAUAUUAUUUUUCACAUAUAUUUUAAUCCUGUGCUGACACUGAAUUAUGUUUUUUCUGCAGGAGACUCUUCCUAGAUCCAAAGCCUCGGGAAUUUUAUGUCUGUUUUCAUGAUUCGGUCACAGAGGUUGCUGUUGAAUUGGCUUUUAAGUUAUCAUUUGGCUUAGCUGUAUAGAUAAACGUAUCUGCAGUUUUUCAUUUUUCAUGUCACAGAAAACACAGAAGUAUUACAUUGUGGUUUUGUUUGGGAUGCCCUUUAAAAUAUUUCCUAAAAUCAAUUAUGUAAUAUAAAAAAAUUGAGACAUUUAUAACACUAUUUAUGAAAGUCAUCUCUUUCAGAAGACUGGAAGUUGGAUGAGUUAUGGUAUUAUAUAUUAAUUAUACAUUAUAUGUAAAUAUUACCUUUAGAAUCAAUGAUCAAGGUAUACACAACCACAUUUUUCCCUUAAAGCUAUAUCCUUGGAAGAAGCACCUUUAGAACUUACAAAGAAUCUCACUCAUUAUGAUUAUGCAGUUAAAAUAGAGAUUUCCAUUAUGUAUGUACCUUUUUGGACUUCAUUUAAAGAAUACAGUGUAAUGUAAGAGGUAGGGAACUGUUUUAUUUCAAUUUGGUAUGGGGUUUAAGAUCAAAAUAUGUGGAUAUCUAAACUAAGGUUUAAAACUUCAGAUGAUCACAUUGAUUUUAUCAGAGACAGAGAAAAGAAAUCUUAGUUUCUGCUGUCAUCUAGUGAUUGUCCACAUUAUGCAGUCCUGAUCUAGUGGCCUUAACAAAAUGGAUUCCUUAAGUUUUGCAAAUUCUUAGGAGAGGUAGUUUACCUUACAUUAAGUGGAUAUAGUACUUUGUGAUACAAAAAGAAGUUAUAUUUAUAUUUAGAAAUACUUGUUAUAAAGUAAAACUGAAAAAUGUUUCUUAGUACUUUGACAUAAAUGGAAGAAUUGUCCAUUUUCUUUCAGACAAUGUUAUAUGACUUUUUUUACAAUAAAAGAUAUAUUCUUCAAAUAGUCUGGCAUAUAAUUUAAUUCUUUUUCAUUUAAUUUUUAAUUUUAACUAAAAUGUAUCUUUUUAUGGGUUCAUUAUAUUCCUGAUAGUUAAAGACAUGCUUUUUAAUUAUACUAAAAUGUAAAUAACUAUCAGUCAAAUAUUCAUAUCAAUAAUUUCUUGAAUAUAUAAACAUAACUUUAGAGAACUAUACUUAGUCUAGGUUUUUGAAAGUAAGAACCAAACUAGAUGAACAUCAUAAAUUACAGUCUUGGCUUGGUUUAGGGCAUGAAGCCAUAAUCAGCUACAGUAGCUAAGCCAAAGGCAAUAUACAAUAUGUUCAGUAUGAUAUAUAGACCACCCAUGAUAGGCUUUUUAAAGGACUUUUCAAUCUGGACUCUAUGAUUUUCCUCACUUCCGUCCCAAUUCAGGAAAGUUUUCAUGCUAGAAUUUCUGUUGGAAAAUUAAUGUCUUCUUAUGUAAAUUAGAGACUUUAUUGCAAUGCCAACAGCAACAAGUCAAUUGAGACUACAAGAAACAAAAUAUAAAUUUAUUCCAGCAUCUUGUCCAACUUGCUCUCAAUGAUUGGGAAGAUUUCUCCAAUCAUUGAGAGAUGGAAAACAAAUAUGAGUGGUCAGAUGUAAAACUAACAAGUCCUAUAUGCUAACCCAUCUUCAGAAUAAGAAAGAACCACACUAAUCCUUUAUGACUCCCACUUGAGCAGUAAGCAGAAGCUAUGGCCCUCUUCAGUUGGUAUACCAGUGGUAUCUUUGUGAUCCAGCAAAUUCUUCAGAAUAGAGAUUCAUGUAUUUAUUGCCAAAUGAUAAUUGUAAUGCACAUUACUUGGGGAUACCUUUGAAGAUAAUUCAGAAAAUGCUCAUUUUGAAGAAAAUGGCAUGAGUAGGUGAGAGACACUUUGCCAAUAUAAACCUAUAGUUGCUGCAUUGGUUGCCAAAGCUUCCAGUGUUUUUUUUAAAGUGUUUUUUUUUUAAAUUUUGUUUAAAAGUGUCAAAAGUGUUUUUUUAAUCUAUAAAAUUUAUAUGGCUCAGCUCCUCAUUACCUUUGAACCAUUUAUUCUAAAUAGAAUUUGCUCAUCCUGUGCAGUCAUGCCAGGUAUAUAUAUUUAGGGUCCCUAUUCCACAAGAAGGAAAUGGUGGUGCAAAGCCUGAUUUUGGCAGCAAAUCAAAUAUUAUGGGUGCAGUUAGUUCCUGCAUUACUAUUCUUUUGUCAAUCUAAUUUUUUUUUAGAUGAGUGAUAUCAUUUUACCAAAAUCACCAAAAAUGGUGAUAAUGGACUGCCCCAUUUGUUUCCUUUUGUCUUUUAGAAUUAGGUUUCUAAAAUUAUUAUUUCUGUUUAUAUGUUUUCUGUGACUGGGUGAUAUGCAAAUAGUUAUAGUCUGUUAUUUACCAAAAUCUUUAGUUAUAUUUUUAGGCAUUUGCCUUUACUUAUCUAUUUAUCUUAAUCUUUUGUCCAUUAAAAGGGCAAUACCAUUUAAUUCUAUGGGGUGCUAACUGUAAUCAAACUGCCCCAUCGGAAAGCUUUUAUUCUGAUCAUUAUUUGUGUUUUGUCUUGAAUAUAUAUUUAUAUUUUUGUAUUUUAUUAUGCUACAAACUAUUUUGACUCCUUUGGGGUUGGCAAUAUAUAAACGCCUCUAAAUAAAUAGUGAUAUCAUACACUAUAAUUGACACUCAUGUUAGUGCAAGUAUUCAAUGUAGGAGGGAACAGGAGUGGUGUUCUGAUGCGAUAAGCCCCCCAUUUUGCUUUUUUAGUUAGCCAAAUUUCUAUUUUUAAUAUGAAAUGUGGAUGAAUACUGAAAACCCUUCGUAAUUGUUGGUUGCAUUAACUAAGGUGAAAGGUCUUUCCUGAGUCAAAUUCUCUCUUGCAGGCUUUCUUCCUUCAUUUUAGGCCUCAGCUCUCUAUACUGAACUUAGCUCCAUCUUCAAAAGCCCCAACCUUUCCUUUAAAAGGAAAAGGCAGAACGGUUGCUGUGAUUGGGUGCUUCUGCAUCAUGUGGCUUGAGAAUCAAGUGGGAGGGGAGGGGAACUCCAUUAGCUCUUUCUGAGCAGUGACAGUUAGGAGUGUUGCUGGGUGAUGCUGCUUGCAGGCCCUAGUAGUUCCACCAACAUCUUUCCUUCUGCCCAACUGACACCAUGCAGGCUGCUGAGACACAGCAGCUUUUCGAUCCUGUCUCAUUUGGGAAGGAUCUCAUGAUAGGUGGGGUGGCAGCUGCUAUUUCCAAAACAACAGUAGCACCCAUUGAACGGGUGAAACUCCUGCUCCAGGUUCAGGGCUCAUCCAAACAGAUCCGUGUGGACCAGCGAUACAAAGGCAUGAUAGACUGCUUUGUGCGCAUUCCUCGGGAGCAAGGAUUUCUCAGUUACUGGCGUGGCAAUUUGGCCAAUGUUAUUCGAUAUUUCCCAACUCAAGCCCUAAACUUUGCCUUUAAGGACAAAUACAAGCAGAUUUUCAUGUCUGGAGUUGAUAAAGAUACACAGUUUGUGAGAUGGUUCCUUUCAAAUCUGGCUGCUGGUGGAGCAGCUGGGGCUACUUCACUGUGUGUAGUCUAUCCAUUAGACUUUGCACGAACUCGAUUGGGUGCUGAUAUUGGCAAAGGUCCUUCUGAGAGACAGUUCUCGGGUCUAGCUGACUGUAUUGUUAAAAUUGCUAGAAAAGAUGGAAUUACUGGUCUAUACCAAGGAUUUAGCGUUUCAGUACAGGGAAUUAUUGUAUAUCGAGCAUCUUAUUUUGGAUGUUAUGACACCAUAAAAGGAAUGCUACCAAAUCCAAAAGAAACCCCAUUCCUUUUAUCUUUUGCAAUUGCUCAAGUGGUGACAGUAUUUUCUGGGAUACUCUCCUAUCCAUUUGACACUGUCAGAAGACGCAUGAUGAUGCAGAGUGGAGAGACAGAACGCCAAUAUAAAGGAACCAUUGACUGCUUUAUCAAGAUAUAUGGCCAGGAAGGAAUAAGUGCCUUUUUUCGUGGGGCUUUUUCAAAUGUUCUUCGUGGGACAGGUGGUGCCUUGGUGCUAGUCCUUUAUGACAAAAUCAAGGAAUUCCUUCAUAUUGAUCCUUCACUAGGCCGAACAUCUGACUAAAACCACAUUUUAUUUGAAUUGCACAUGUAGAGAUAAAAGUCUUAAUUGUUUUGAAUAUUGGUUUAUUAAUUAGUAUUCUACUUUGUAACAAGUCAGUAGUAUUUAUUGUUCUGAUUUUAAAGCAAUUUAAAGAUUACAUUUACUUAGUUUUUACUUUCAAAAGGCUUUUGCCUAUUAUUUCCCUUUUCUUUGAGUCCUUAUCUUUACCUUCAAAAUCAAGAUUCCUGGAUUUCAUCUUGAAGAUAAGCAAUUCUUUGGGAGGAAGAGAGAGAGAAAAACACUGAAUUGCCUACCCAAAGUUGUCGAUCAUAGUUGAUAAAUAAGAUUGGAUUGGAAUCCAGUUUGCCCUGAGCCAAACCAAGUAGUUUACAUUGGAGUUUAAACUUUUUAUUAGUAAGAAAUAAAACCUUUUCCAGGCAAAGCUAAAGAAAAUUUAGACAGAUUAUAGAUCGUUAGUGCAAAUUUAUUCAGAUUAUUUUGUUCAAUAGUUUGAAUUAAGGGCAUCUUGAAAUGAAUGUACUGUAAUGUUCUGCAGCAAAGUAAUAAUAGGAGUUUCUUGCUAGGAGACAGUUUUCCUUAACCUUUCCCUUAUUACAGAAGUUAAAAAAAAAGAAUGUGUAUUGAAGCAAAAUCUGGGCAUAUUCAGGUAAAGGAAUCAAAUACUAUGUAAGAAUUUCAGUUAUGUCUUUCCAAAGCAAUAAAUUAACUUUGUGUAGUAAAAGUCAUCAGUGUAAAACAGUAAAGAUUAUAAUCUCUAAAUCUGUUGUUCUUCAAUGAUACUGUUCACAGGAUAUAAAUUGUAGAAAUGGAAGGAGAGCCUCAAUGUGUCUUUUGUCAGAUACCCACAAGGUGAUUUACAACAAAAAGCAACAAAACGUAGUAAGCAGAGAAAAAAAGACAGUAAAUCAGAGAGAGAGAGAGAGAGAAAGACAAUAUUAAAAUCUAAAAAUCACAGGAAAGGAAAUUAAAAGAAAUACUCUCUGUUAAGAAUAUGCUAACAAAUCUGUAAGGCUAUUGAAAAAGAAUGUAUUUCACCAAUGCUAAAAAAAAAUUCUGAGCAGAUAUAAAGAAAUCUGCAAAGAUUGAUGUUUGUGUAACCACAGUCAUCUUUUCAAUAGCGUCUUGCUUAAUGUCCAUUGAUGCUGAUUUCAGAAAAAUGGGGUUCAGAAGAUUUUAUGAAAAUAAUAAAGAACAUCGUUAAGUAGUUAACUGAACCUCUAAGGUUUAAAACUACAAGCAUAUUUAAACUGACCCUGAUAAACCAGGAGCCAAAAAAAAAUAUCUGUUGAUAAUACCCAUUCAAGAAAAUAAUCUUAUUGUUAACUUCUGCAUCAGAUUUUUUAGAAGCAAGUAUCUAGAAAUUAGCCUAGUUAUUAAUAGAAUAUAUUAAUAACAUUUAUUUGGUCAAUUUCAUCCACACAUUUUAGUAGUCUCCAUUGCAUAGUUUAAUAAUUAGGAAAAUUGUUUUUGUUAGUUGCGAAAUCGUAUCUGACCCAUCGCAACCCCAUGGACAACAUUCCUCCAGGCCUUCCUGUUCUCUACCAUCCUCUGGAGUCCAUUUAAGCUCACGCCUACUGCUUCAGUGAUUCCAUCCAGCCACCUCAUUUUCUGUCGUCCCGUUCUUCUUUUGCCCUCAAUCUUUCCCAGCAUUAGGUUCUUCUCCAGUGAAUCCUUACUUCUCAUUAGGUGGCCAAAGUAUUUGAGUUUCAUCUUCAGGAUCUGGCCUUCUAAAGAGCAGUCAGGAUUGCUCUCCUUUAGGACUUACAGGUUUGUUCACCUUGCAGUCCAAGGGACUCGCAAGGAAAAUUAAAUGGAUCCAAAUAAUCUGGAUAAGCAUUACCUCUAUAUCAAACAGGGAGAAUAAUACUGCAGAGCUCAAUCUAAAAAGGGCUGGGAUUGUUUUCUUCUAAAUUUAGAAUGAAAAAUGAUGUAGCAUUACAACUGGGAUGGCUGAUUUCUAAUUCCAACAUCAAGAUGGUAAUGAGGAAAGAAAACCUUGAUUGUUCUAAUAGAUGGUGCUAAGAAAAGUCAUAUAUACCAGUCAACAGGCUUACAGAAAAUCUUUUUUUUCUUCAUGCAUUCUCAAAAGAUCAAAUACCUGUCAUAAUAUCAUGCUCACUAGCACCCUGAAAGGAUGGGUGAAGAGCUGUGGAAGAACUUUUGUCAUCACAGCUGAGUACUUUGAAGUCAUUUUUUGAGACUGUGGCCAGAUGGUGUCUUCAGGGAAGACAAAAUUUACAAACAAAUACUUCUAUUAAAUUGGUUACAGAUAGCAUCUUGCUAGUGCCAUAUUAGAAACAAACAACACUGAGACAGUAAUUGGUUGAUUUAAAAAAAGAAUAAUUUCAACCUUAAUCAGGCAGAGAUAUUACAAAUUUGAUGUUAAAAUGAAUUCACAAAUAAACAUGUGCUUUAUUUGCACAAUAAUCUUAAUUACUAUAAUAAUCCAUGGAUUAUAGAUUAUAGUUGCUAUAUACAAUACACAAUAUGCUAAAUCAGAAUAUAUGUAGUUUUAGCUUAUUGUGUAUUAACCCUAUGAAUCUCUUGCUGCCAAAACCAUAACUGGAAACUAAGGUUUGAUUUACACAUUGCAUUAAAUCAUGGUUUGUUGAAUAAAAUUAGUUGUUAGA